ACCUUUUUCCUGGGUAUGAGUGACGCUUACAUUUGACUUAUUUAUUGAAUUGUAUUGAAUCUUUUUAAAGGUGCUCUCUGUCCCUCUCCUGGCCCGUUCAGGGUGUCUUCAUGCUGGGGUUGCCCUUUGCUCUGGUCCACUCGGGCUAUGUGGGUCUGGUGCUGCUGCUUCUGUCUGCCUGGGUCUGCAACCACACCGGAAGGAGCCUUGUGGCCUGCCUCUAUGAGGAGGAAGAGAGUGAUGGGUCUGGAUUGGUGACAAAGGUUCGAGUCCGACACAGCUACCAGGACAUCAUGGACGCCUGCUGCGAAGGGCUUUGUUCAAACUGGUCAGGAGUUGGAGGCUGGAUGAUAAACACAGCCCAGGUGGUUGAACUGCUGAUGACCUGCACCCUGUACCUGCUCGUCUCCACCUCUCUGCUGUGUGACAGUCUGUCAGGAGAGGCUCUUCCCAGAUCCGUGUGUUCUCUGGUGUCUCUGAUGUUCCUCCUGCCCUGUCUGCUGCUGACUGACCUCAGAUCUGUCUCCACUCUCAGCCUGCUCUGCUCCCUGGCUCACAUACUGAUUAGCCUCUUGGUGAUGCUGUACUGUCUGAGCUGUGCCAGCGCCUGGUCUUGGGCGUCCCUCUCCCUGUUAGUGGACCCAGAGGACUUCCUCGUCUCCGUAGGGGUCAUCAUUUUCUCCUACACCUCGCAGAUUUUCCUCCCUCCUCUAGAGGGCAGUAUGGAAAAUAGAGGACACUUUGAAGCCAUGCUGGGAUGGACACAUGGAGCUGCCGGUGUUAUGAAAACUAUGUUCUCUUUGCUGGCGGUGCUGACUUGGGGGACUGAGACCAGUGAAGUCAUCACUGACAACCUGCCCUUUAACCUUCGGCCUAUAGUCAACGUUUGUCUGCUGGCCAAAGCCCUGCUGUCCUACCCACUGCCCUUCUACUCUGCAGCUGAAAUCCUGCAAACAUGUUUGCAUAAAGAUGCUUCCCCGUCAUCUUCCUCCAAGCCUACGAGUCGCCCAGUGUCUCGUCCAACUCUGAUGGUCCGUGGAACUUUGUUGAUGACAUCAUAUUUCCUGGCUCUGCUGGUGCCCAGGUUUUCCCUGCUGAUGGGUUUGACAGGAAGUGUGACUGGAGCGGCGAUGACUCUCAUCCUUCCAUGUCUGUUUCACUUAAGGCUGCAGUGGAGGCGACUCACGGUGCAGGACCGCCUGGUCGACAUUUGCAUACUGAGUUUGGGGCUGUUAUGUAGCGUUUCUGGUGGGAUCUGUGCAGUGAAAAGACUGAUGGAGGGACUCUAAGGAGAUCCAACUCCAGAUUGAUUUAUAAGUAUGUAUAUGUACUUGUCUGUGUUAAAUUAUUAUGCAUUUGUGUUUUUUAGCUUUUUUGUACAUGCAAACAUGUCUGCAUGCCUUUUAGUCCAGACUAAAAUGAAUCAACAUGAGGAUGUGGAUCACGAAAGACUGUAGUUUUUCUUAUUUACUUCAACAUUAAAGCAACACGUACUGUAUCACGUUUUCUGAUUCUCCCUCCUACUGGUUGAAAGUAGAAUUAAAGCUGUAGUAAACAACUCUGCCACAGCCUGCUGUUGCUAGCGCUAAUACAAGUCAACUGAUAUUAAAAUAAGCCACCAAGUAAUAAGAUUCACUGUUGGAAAACAAAAUAUUAUUACUUACAAGUCCAAUAGCAACAAAGCCAGGUCACCAUCAGUCC